AUGGGACCCAACCAAUUAAAUACACCUUACCCAUCAGAUGAAUAUUAUGAAAAAGAUUUAUUUAACACAGAAGAUAUACUUGUACAACAACAGACACAUGACAUAAAACUGGAUAUUCAAGCAACAUUGGAAACACUAAUAAAUAGAAUUAACCCCACUAACAACCACAGGUUAGGAUUAGUGAUAGUAUUGUUACAAGCAGCAGCUGAAGCAGCUGACUAUAUUACACAACCAGAAAGAGUACCAAGAUCUUUCUCUGGAAAAUCAGUAUUACAGCAAGAAAAAACUGCGUUACAAAUAUCAGACUAUUACAGCUACUUUGAAUCAACAUUAAAAGGAAUUUGUAACCACUUUGAUACCCCGAACGAAAAUAAUAACUAUAUUCCAAACCCAAUAGGACGAAUACUACAUAAAACAUUAUUUAGCAUAAACACUUUAUUAAUUACUGAAGGAGCAUUUGUAGAAGUUGAGCAAAGAGAACACAUUCUCUCAGAACAUUUAGACCGAAGACAAUUCUUAACACCUCGA